AUGGCUCUCCAUCGUUGGGCCGUCGCGAUCGUCAUAUCCGUCCUGCAUGGACAUACCCUGGCUUACCCACGGGCAGUCACUGUGCCACCGUCCCCUACUGGCGCUUCUUGCACUUUGCACGAAGACCACUGGGACUGCACGUCGUUCUGCACCACGACUUCAUCCUGGUCAGGCAUCGCGACCACGGUCACAGACUUUGGCGCUUUCAAAAGCUCGUUGGACGCCGAGUACAGUACAGGUCCUUUCUCCGGAAACAAGGUGCCCGUCCAUACGACCGCGUUCUCGUUUCCUGGCGCUGGGUUGAUCACCGCUUAUGGCUACUAUGACUCGAAUGCUCUCAAAUCAGCUGGAUAUGAAAUCAUCUCUGGUGUGACGAGCAUCACCGGGCUCUGUGAACCAACAGCAACCCUGCCGCCCUCCCCGACCGGCUCAUCAUGCCACCCGCACGGUGACCACUGGCAUUGCGAGCCACUUCCAUCUGCUAGCACGGAACCCUCGUCGCCGGUCGCCACAUGCGAACCUCAUGGUGACCACUGGCAUUGCCCGCCAGGCGUCCCUGAGCCCACAACGCCGCCUCCUGUAGAAACAUCCCAUCCAGCAACUACAGGCACCUGUGAGCCCCAUGGUGACCCACUGGCAUUGCCCACCAGGUGUUCCUGA